AUGUCCACCCCCUCACCACAAACCCUCUACUUCGCCUACGGCUCCAACCUCUCUCUCUCACAGAUGCAAACUCGUUGUCCAGACUCGACAUGUGUAGGCAUAGGUGUAUUGCAGGACUAUCGAUGGAUUGUGAAUCAGAGGGGCUAUGCGAAUAUUAUUUUUUGUGGGGGGUCUGAAUCUGUAUCUAAGUCUGAAUCUGAAUCUGAUUCUGAUUCCGAAUCUGGAGAAGAUAUCAACGACGGGAAAGAUGCUAAGAAUGCCAAUGAAACCAGAAAUACACGUGCAAGCAAAAAUCCCUCCACCUCUCCUCGCAGACGCACACAAGAAACAACCACCAAGCUCCUCUCAACCCGCCCUCGGAAUCCUCAAAACACCGUCUACGGACUCCUCUACACCCUCUCCCACCGAGACGAAACCCUCCUCGACACAUCCGAAGGCGUCCCCUUCGCAUACACGAAAAUCUCUCCUCUAAUCACCCUGCUAUCCAUCUCGCCUUCACUCGCUACACCCACAAUCGCAUAUCUAUUAUCUUUAUUUCCUGGCUCCAUUUCCAUUUCCGUUUCCGGGGUUUCGAGCGCGGGAUUGGCAAUGCCCUCCCUCCCACCCUCUCUCCCGCUCUCUUCUCCCCCCACCGCCUCCCAACCAUCUCAACCAUCACCACCCCUCCAAAUUCGCGCACUAACCUACAUCGAUGCCCUGCGCAUCAUCCCCUCGGCUCCCAAUCCAGAAUACAUUACGCGCAUGAAUCGCGGGAUUCGGGAUGCGCUUGCCAAGGGAUUUCCUCCAUCAUAUGUACGAGAUGUGAUGCGUCUUUACAUUCCCGCUUCCGAAGAGGGGGACGGCUUCUAA